AUAGCCUCAACGACUUCACGCCGCGUUCAGUUUGUGAGUGGUCUUUCUAACACGUGAGGUGACUUGACAUGCUGUUGUCUCGACUUACGCGUCUUUUUCUUUCACUUGACGACUUCUUCACUGGUGGUGCUUGAAAUAUCGCCGAACGGCCAAAACAUUUUUGCCAAGUUUCCAACUGUCUGUGUAUUCUUGGGACCCAUCGUCCGGCCACCCUGAUUAUCUCGUUCUCCGGCUCCCUUCGGUGAUUCGCUUCUAUCCCCCAAGGACUUAAAAGGACUUUGUCCGGCGGGGCUCAUCGAAAUUCCAAGGGUGCUAUCUCAAACAUACCAGUGUCCUCUGACAAAGAAGAAAAACGCAAAAAAAGCGUGUCUGCACUGAAUUAUCUGCCUGGUCGUGUAGUGUUUUUUUCCCGCGGUGUCAAACUGGGGUCUUCGACAGUAGCACGUUUCAAGUGAAAACAUGACGUGCUGAAGACCACGAGGAGCCAAGAAGCCCUUGCUAAAUCCAUCGCCGGUUGAGGACACAAAAUCUGGGAAACAUCCGUCAAAAAAAUGGAAAUUCAACUUCGAGUGACGGCGGAGUCGGAGGCCAUUCUGCUCCUGCCAACCAGUGGCUCGGUCACCCAACAGGACAGGACUCCGGAUGUGACGUCACCCUCCCAAUUGAUGACGUCAGCCGGGCUGCUGAACGAAAGUCUGGGCCGGACCGAGGCAAACCAAAGUGAUGCCUACCUGGACCGGAGCGACAACCUGGCCAAGAUAGAAAUAGCUGUUUUGUGGUUCAUCGCGCAUCUGGCUGUGGCUGAUCUGUUCACGGCCUUCUUCAAUGUUCUGCCUCAGCUCGCCUGGGACAUCACUCUGGUCUUCGUGGGCAAUGACUUCUUGUGUCGGACUGUCAAAUAUCUACAGAUCCGUUCAUCGUGGUGUUCAUGCUGCUGGCGUCCCUCAACAGCUGCACCAACCCCUGGAUCUACCUGGCCUUCUCUGGCCGCUCCUGUCCCAGGGGGCCGUUCCGGAGGGGCGGGGGAGAGAGCAGUCCCCACCCAUCCACACACGUCACUUCCGCCGGAGAGAGCAUGGACUCCAGAACUAGGUCAUCCUGUAUGGACAUGUCGCACGGCCGAACCAACUUCACCAGGCUGCCCAGGGGGAGCUCUCGCUUCGGAUCUCCCAAGUCGGUGGAGAAAAUCGCUAACAGUAACAGCAAAUGUUGACCUAAGCGCUCACGUUAACAGUAACAGCAAGAUUGAACUGUACAUACUCUGGCUAGCACCGAUACUUAAUAACACGUUACUCUUUCCGUGUACAGAUAAAGUGCAGAACAUAGAGGGAGUGCUUACCCUUGAUCCUCCAACUGUAUUAGAUCACCUAGCCAGCAGCCAUGAAGAGAUCUCCUUCACGAAGGAGAUUGUGAUUGAGAAAGGAGUACAGUCUGGUGAAGGCAGGAGGAGCAGGCUGCGUGACCCCAUCAGACGCUACAACAACCAGCUGAUGAUGGAGACAAUCACACACUACAACAACCAGCUGAUGAUGGAGACAAUCAACCUGCCCAGAUUGAAAUAGACCCUUAUGAAGAGGGGUGAGGAAGCAUGGAGCACCCUGUCUUCCUAAGACCCCUGUUCUACAUUCGAGUAUUCAAGAUAGAGUAUAUCUCUAUCUCGUUCAGAGAGUGGAGUUUGCUAUCGGAGGUUCCACCGGUUUAGGAAUCUUUGUACCGUUUCGAAAGGCGCGUUGUACCCACAGUACCUGAAUGUCAUAUUUACCGACUCACCAACAGCCAGGAUGGGCCGAGCCGCUUACACACAGCUGACCAGUCUACUGAACGCGAUAUGGACGACCCAUGUUUGAUUCCCCUAGAGGACAAUCUUAACUUGGAUUGUAAAUUAAGUUUUGUGGCUCUGCAGCAAGAUGACUAUUCUCCGAUGUAACCGCCACCAUACGUUACCGGAGGAAACGUUCGUACCAAUCUAGUAUAAUAAGUGGAACUCUGUAAUUAGAACAAAGUCUUUGGAGACUCUGGGAGAUCUCGGGGAAUGCGCUUUCCCCAAAAGACCGUUAUUGUUUUCCGUACAGGAUUAGGGAUGACCAAAGAUCAAUGCCUCUCUUCCAGCGAGGGACAAGCCCAAUGUCCAAAAAUAGUUCCCACCAAAAGGUUGCAUGAUGCCGCUCAGAGAGUGUCUAAGUCCACGACACGUCACAGAGUUCUGAUUCACGCGGGUGGAGGAAAUUACAGAUUCUCUUUUCUUAAUGUGAUUGUUUCUUUUUGUUGUUAUUUUUACAUUCCUUCAAAUUUAUGAGUAUCGGGUACUUGAAAUGGGCCAAAAUAAAAUUGUGUUUAAAUAUUUACUUACAGAUUUGGUAUUAGCUGACUCUCGCUAAUGCUAUUACUAUUACUGCUUGCUUUAGGGGAGGGGGGGGGGGCUACGUUUUUAACAGUAUCAUUUACUUCAAGAUUACGACUCAAUUGCAAGACCCUAUAUUUAUUUAUAUAUUCAUACAUUUGGGAUUCUUUGAUUGCUCUCUAUCUGAGUUCUGGCAGUUGAUUUUGGUUGCUAAGGCCUAGAUCUCUGUAAACAUCCGAUUUACCGAUUUUUGAGAAUGAGUUUGUAAUGACACAGUAUGGACCUUUACCAGAUUCUGGGGUUAAUGACCUUUUACAUUGAACUCUGAGUCGCCAAAACAAUAACAUAUGUUCAUGUUUUCAGUCAUAGGAUCUGACAGCCCCGUAGAGGUGUUUGUUCUGUUAAUAAUGUCGCCACAAAAAUCGUUUUGGAGUGUUUGAACUGGAAAUACUGUUCUUACCGCUUAUUGAUUCUGUAACAUGACACGACACUGUAGAUCUAGAUAUGAUCCAGGUUUGUUUGGUCGUUUAGAUUUCAGCCCUACGUUAUCGACUUCUCCUUCGUUUGUUCUGUCGCAGAUCGUAUUCCCAUCUGUAGGGAACUGGUACGGCUAAAGGACAAACUGUAGGGAACUGGUACGGUUAAAGGACAAACUGUAGGGAACUGGUAAACUAUUUGAAAGAGUAGCCGAUAACACGAGCCGCUCCCGGGCUAGGGCUAAAGGAAAGACACUGACCACAGAAAGGCUGUAAUGUAAGAAUAGAAUUUUGUUUUUUUCUUCCUAAGUUCACCUUAGGCCAGAGCUGGUUGUCAGAUGUAGUGGUGCCCCCAAGGUUGCCCCAACCACGGGAUAGAAGAAGAAGAAGAAG